AUGAGUGAUGAUGGUGGCUUGAAUAAUGGCACUGGUCAUAGCACAGGAAAGAAAAAUUCAGUAGACUUCAAAGGUGGAUUUGUUAGAGUGAUUGAGAAAAAAUUAUUUUUAUAUUCAGUUUCUGUUGUUUACUUUUAUGACAACGAUGACAUCCAACAUUCUCAGCCUUUGUUAGCGCAGGUGGAUUGCAGUUAUCAUGGAUAUGUUGCAGGUUUUCCACAUUCUCUUGUGUCACUCCAUACUUGUUCAGGACUCAGGGGAACAUUACAGCUUAAAAACAUCUCAUACGGAAUUGAACCAAUGGAGGCUGUAUCAGGAUUUGUGCACAUGAUUUAUGAAGAAAAAUAUGACAUUGUUGUACCUCUCUUAGGAGAAACUAAGACUUACAGCUAUAAUAACAUAUAUUAUCAUAUCAGGAAAAGUUCAGAAAGAACUGAAUUUUUCAAGUUACAUCCUCAAUAUCUUGAAAUAUAUAUUGUUGUGGAUAAAAUUCUGUUUGAUUACAUGGGCUCUGAUGUAAAGGCUGUAACACGGAAGGUUAUCCAGAUAAUUGGUUUUGUUAACACUAUGUUUUCCCAGUUAAAACUGACUGUUGUAAUAUCUUCCAUAGAAAUAUGGUCAAAUAAAAACAAAAUUUCUACUACAGGGAAUCCUAACAAUAUAUUAUCUAGAUUUUUAGAAUGGAAAUACAAACAUAUCUUCCGACCUCAUCAGGUUGCAUACUUAUUUGCCUUCAAGAAACAUCCUAGUUUUUUAGGAGCCACAUUUCCUGGAAAAAUAUGUAAUAAAAAUUUUGCAGUAGGAGUUGCUCUGUAUCCAGAGGGUUUAUCCUUGGAGUCAUACACUACCAGCAUCGUGCAGUUGCUUGGCUUUAAUCUGGGAUUGAGUUAUGAUGAUCCUGACACUUGCUAUUGUUCAGGAGAUGUUUGCACAAUGUCACCUAAAGCAGUGCAGUCUGGGGGUGUAAAGGAGUUUAGCACCUGUAGUUUGGAUGACUUUAAAUACUUAGCUUCACAAGCUGGCUUUGAAUGUCUUCAGAAAAUCCUUCCUGAAAUGCCAGUUUAUAAAGAAGCACAAAGGAAAGUAUGUGGCAAUGGAAAAUUGGAACAAGGUGAAGAGUGUGAUUGUGGCAUUAUAGAGAAUUGUACACAUAAAGACUGCUGUGAUGCUAGAAUAUGUCUAAUGAAAAAGGGUAAACAAUGUGGUUCUGGGGAAUGCUGUACACUAGAUUGCAAGCUAAAACCAAUUGGUAUACAGUGUAGGAAAUCUUUGGACGAAUGUGAUUUCCCUGAGUAUUGCAAUGGGGUUUCCUCACACUGUGUGCCUGACACUUACGCACGUGAUGGACAAAGUUGUGAUUCAGGUGAUGCCUACUGUUUUGGAGGACGAUGUCGGAUACAUAACAAACAGUGUAAAGAUUUGAUUGGAGGAGCUUCUAGAGGUGGUCCAUUUGCUUGUUAUGAGGAAGUAAAUACAAGAGGAGAUAGAUAUGGAAACUGUGGCCGAGAUUUUUGCAGUAAUCCUAAUCUUCUAUGUGGAAAAUUAGUUUGUGCCUGGCCACAUAAAACAUUAAUAUCACGUGCAAAUUUAUCCGUGAUUUAUACACAUGUCCAAGAUGAAAUGUGUGUAUCUACAUUUCGACCCAAUGAAAAGUUACCUAAAAAUUCAUGGACAACAUUUGAAAAUCCUGAAGAUAGAGAUGAUACAUUUGUACAAGAUGGCACUGUGUGUGGUCCUGAGAUGUAUUGUGUCAAAUUUGUGUGUGUAAAAGUUCAAUACCAGAUAACAGAUGAGGAGUGCAACUCUACUUACUGCAAUAGCCACGGAAUUUGCAACAAUUUAAAUCAUUGCCAGUGUGAAAAGGGGUUUGAUCCUCCUACAUGCCUGCAGAAGAAGGGAGAAUUUGGAAGUAUUGAUGAUGGGCACAAGGCUCCAUCUGGAAAAAGCUACUUGAGGGAACAAAAUACCACUCCUUCAAAACACCGAUUACUACUCAUUUUCUACAUUUCUCUACCUGUGCUCAUCAUCACUGCCACUGUUUUAAUAAAACAAAAUAAUAUAAGGGAGCUGUGCUACAGAGAGGAAACAGAAAGUGAGAGAUCUGUGUCAGAGGAAAGCAGCAGUAACAGCAGGUUAUCCCCCAGUGUAAGUCUCAACUUCCACCCUAUCUACUGCAAUUUGAAUCCAGAAGAGGCUCUGAAUCAGGUGAAAGCAGCUUAA